CAGGGCCCGGGCAGCGCCGGCUCCCCCCUCCCUUCCCUCUCCUCCCCUUUCCGUCCCAGGGCGCAGACGCGCUACGGGCCGGGCCGGAAGUCGCCGUGUCCCGGUGUGUGCCAGUGUGAGAGGGAUCGCAGAGGGGUCCCGGCUGGCCUGGGCUGAGUGGCCGCCGCAGCUUCCGCCGGUGCCUCAGCAGGGGAGGAAGGGAGCGGGAAGCGGGCCCGCCGCCCGGGACGAAGAUGCUGCCCCUCUCUAUCAAGGAUGAUGAAUACAAACCCCCCAAGUUCAACCUGGUCCGCAAGAUCUCGGGCUGGUUCAGGUCCAUCCUCUCAGACAAGACCUCCCGGAACCUGUUCCUGUUCCUGUGCCUGAACCUCUCCUUCGCCUUCGUGGAGCUGCUCUACGGCAUCUGGAGCAACUGUUUAGGCUUGAUUUCCGAUUCUUUUCACAUGUUCUUCGACAGCACUGCUAUCUUGGCUGGACUGGCAGCUUCUGUAAUUUCAAAAUGGAGAGAUAAUGAUGCUUUUUCCUAUGGGUAUGUUAGAGCGGAAGUUCUGGCUGGUUUUGUAAAUGGCCUAUUUUUGAUCUUCACUGCCUUUUUUAUUUUCUCUGAAGGUGUUGAGAGAGCAUUAGCACCUCCAGAUGUUCACCACGAGAGACUACUACUUGUUUCUGUGCUUGGGUUUGUUGUAAACCUAAUAGGAAUAUUUGCUUUCCAACAUGGAGGUCAUGGACAUUCACAUGGCUCUGGGCAUGGACAUAGUCAUUCCCUCUUUAAUGGUGCACUUGAUCAUGGACAUGGACAUGGAGAUCACGGCCAUGGUCAUGGAGGCCAUGGCCAUAGUCAUGAAUUGAAACGUGAUGCACAUAGUCAUGAUCAUGGACAUGGACAUGGACACUUUGACUGUCAUGAUGGUCCCUCAAUUAAAGGAACAACAGGACCCAGCAGACAGAUCUUACAAGGUGUAUUUUUACACAUUUUAGCAGACACACUGGGGAGUGUUGGUGUAAUUGCAUCUGCCAUCAUGAUGCAAAACUUUGGUCUAAUGAUAGCAGAUCCUAUUUGUUCAAUCCUUAUUGCCAUACUUAUAGUUGUAAGUGUUAUUCCUCUGUUAAGAGAAUCAAUUGGAAUAUUGAUGCAGCGAACACCUCCGUCACUGGAAAGUGCUCUGCCUCAGUGCUAUCAGAGGGUUCUGCAGUUGCAAGGAGUUUAUCAUUUACAAGAGCAGCAUUUUUGGACUCUUUGUUCUGAUGUGUAUGUUGGGACCUUGAAAUUAGUAGUUGCACCUGAUGCUGAUUCAAGGUGGAUUUUAAGCCAGACUCACAAUAUUUUUACUCAGGCUGGAGUAAGACAACUUUAUGUACAGAUUGACUUUGCUGCCAUGUAAUGAAUUGUCAGAAAUUGUGCUCUUUGGACCAAAGGUUUCUGGUACUGUACAAUCUAAAACAUUGUGUCCUCAUCUUUUAUAAAAUAGAGCCAUCACCACUACAACAACCCAAGAUGAAGACCAAGUAGACACAUCUUUUAUGGUCUAGUGGAGGAGUUCUCUUCUAAGGAGCCAAAAUUAAAAGGAUCUGUCCUGGACUUUUGGUCUUGUUUUUUGUGCCCUCUCUUUCUAAACCAUUUUCUUUUAAAGGUUUCUUUUUCUUUCUUUUCUACUAUCAUAUCUUUAUUUCAGUAGAAAUUCAGAUUGUGGGCCAGUGAUCAUUGGUAAUGUCUUCUCUGAAGCUACUGAAACCACAGCUCAUUCCCCACAAACCAGUGUUAUUAGAAAAGAAAAAAAGUUUAAAAAAGGAAAUCUGUUUUGUAUGUAAUGUCACAUUGUUGACAUUCUUCAAUAUAAUCAUAUGUUUUUUGUAAAAUUGUUUGUACUUUGCAAACUUAAUGAACCAAACCAUAUUGGGUUUUCAAAGUGCCUUUGCUUCAGAAAAUAUAUUUGCCAGCACAGAAAUGUAAUGUCAGGGGGUUUUAUUUUUUUUUUAUGGACAUACUGUAACUUGUACAAAAUAAGACUCUUGCUACUGAUGUAUACUAAAUUUAUUUUUGUGUACUUCAAGCAUAGUUUUAAAUGUAUAAAAAUUCCCCAUUAUUGUUUUAUCUUGUCAAAAUAAAAAGGUAAUACUUUUUUAAAAAAAAAUUCAUUAUCACAUAAAUUACUCUUUUGGAUUGUUUUCAAAGGUUUGCACAUACAUCUGUUGUACAAAUGGCUGUUUUGAUUUAAUUAAACAUCUGCUAGUCUCCAAAUGAUUUUCAUAAAACUGCUUUCUGUAUGUGGGAAGCAGUCCUAGAUUCCCCAUUGCCAUUUUUAUGGAGUUUGUAAAUAAAUGAAGGGAAAGAAUACUUACUGGCUCCUGGUGAGGGGUGGGGAGAAAAGGUGAUGAUUUGUGUUUUUUAAAUGCUGAUUUUUUUAGCUUUGUUUUCCUGUGCAAAGCUUUGCAUACGUAAAAUUGCUUUCAGGAACUCCCUGAGGCUUGAAAAUGAUGGAUUUCAUUGAAUUGUCACCAGUUUCCUAAAUGGAAGUGAGGCGAUCCUGAGACUAAACAAAGCAUGGGAGGUGAGUUUAGCACUUGACCUAACACAGGCAUCUUAAGCAGAGGUGAAGGCAGGCACUCUUAUGGAUCUAAUUUGAGAGGAUGAGCAUUGAUACUUUUGAAGGAAUACUGAAAUGGAUAACUCUUUUUCUAUUUAUAAAUUAAAUUCUCAUUUCAUGUUAAAAAUUGAAAUAGCUAAGAAAUCCUAAAGGAAGAAAAUGAAUAUUUGAGAAUAUUAGUGAAUAGCAAGUUCUUAAUUUUCCAUUGGGAGCAGAAAAAAAUAUGUUCAUUUUCUACUGUGGUAUAAUUUGAUUAUCUGAUUUCCAUGUCUCUGACCUACAAUCUCAAGAAGUGAGCAUUUAUGGUGCAUCAAAUAUGGCAAUGGUUUCUACGUAAGGAAAAGAAAACAAGUAAUAGAUUAUCAUUAGGAAAAUUGUCUAUCUUGACUAAAUUAUGGAUUUAUUGCUACUGAUUGGUAUGAAGUACAUUUAUAUAUAUUCUUUUGUUGUAAAUUAAGUAGUAGUUUCAGAGCUGUAGGACUUGCUAGAGAGAUUUCCUGAACCUAAGAAUCAAUGCAAUUAUAACUAGUUUAACUGAAGUAAUCAUUGGAAUCUUUUAAAGGGGUGAGGAAAAGAUAUAUUCCCAUGAUCCUGCUGCUUUUACUUGACAGGUAUAAUUAGUCUUUUCUAAUCUUCUAACCACUGUUAAGCCUGUGAAAACUCUGAUUUAUUCUUUAAAUGUAUCACAGAAAUAAUGUUCAUAUUAUAGAAAAAUGACAGAAUUAGUAUGACUGAGAGAUUCUGGAGUUUAAGACUUAAGACAAUUGAAUAUGGAAGAAUUUGUAAGACAUUUCCAAUGUGGAGAAUGAGAUUUUCUGUAAGUAGGUAUAUGCAUGAUUGUUGUGUGGGUUUUAAAGAAGGGCCAGGUGCUCAUUAUUGUGGUCUUUAUGUACACUUUCUGCUAUUCAGCAGAAAGAAGGAUUUUUACAGAUACUAAUCUGAGCCACUGUUUGCUUUUUAAUGAAGAAAAACCUGCUUCUCUUUAUGAAAUUGUAUUCACAGUGCACCCUAAGAAAUUGCAUGGUAUUAUAAAUUUUCCAUUUGAUGACAGUUUAGAGCUACUGGAUUAAGGAACAAAAUUCUUACCAUUACUUCUACAUUGAGAGUAGGAGCCUGAAAUCACAAGAUUGGUAUAAAUAAUUUCUGCAUUAGUUCAAAUGAAUGUAUAUAGUAUUAAAGUAUAGUGGAAGACAGCCACCUUCUUAUUCUUUCCAUGAGUGACUGAUUUAACAGCAUUCUUGGUAAAGGUGUGCUACUUCAGAUUAUUUUGCCAAGAAAUAAUGUUGUUAGUUUUCUCUUUUAGAGAAAAGAUUAGUAAUUAUUGUUGGGUUAUAGAACUUUUGUAGUUUUGCAAAAAUAGAUUUUUUGUAAAACUGAGAUUUCGCUAACACUUUACAAAACAAAACAUUCACUGAAAAAAAAUUUUAUAUUGCUAAGGAAAUGUUUACCUUGUAAUAGAACUUCCUUAAACAAAUUUAUGUAUACUUUUUUUUAAAUCAGUAUGGCGUUAAUGAAGAUGAAACAUUUAACAUGUACAACUUCCUGCUUUUGCUAACCCUGAAAUGCAGAUUCUUGUCCGAUCUGUUAUCUAGAAGUAGGCAAGCCCUCAUACUGUCUUGGGUGGAAGAGACUGCAGCAUUCUGGGAGAUAUAAUGGGUAGUGUAAGAGUAUUUGGCAUUAUUAUCAUGUUAAGCUGGUAUGAUCUCAUUUGGUACUAUGCUUUUCCUUGUGUCCUGAAGGGUCUUCAUAUUCUUCAAAAAACAAGCUUAGUUAAAACCCAAGAGGGUUUUUAUUGCAGAAUCAUAUAAAACCACUAUAUUUUUAAACAAAUGGGAUAGGAAGAUAAGUGUUGAGAAAGCUAAACACAAAAUAUUUCACUGCUAAUUACAGAGCUGAAAGAGAUCAUAGAAAUAUCUUCUAGAAUAGAUUUUACAUGUGAGAACAGAGGGCAGAGAGGUAAAGUUACUUCCCCAAGGUCAUACAGCUAUUAGUGGCAAAUCUAUAGUCUUAUGAUGGGACAAUCCAGUAGUCUUUUCAUUACAUCAUGCUCCCUCCCCAGCAUAUCAUUAUUUCCAGACAUUCUAAAUCAUUUUAUAAAUGGAAGAGCUUAUUUGCCCCAAGGCAUAAUCUAAUAAAUGGUAUAAGCAAAACACUUUAAUGAAAUUUGACUCUGUAUCAAGUAACAGAGGUUCAUUUUGAUCUUUGGAUUGCUGUUUUUUUUUUUACUAGAGGAUCUUUUGUUACAUUAGUGCUAGAUAUUCUGACAUAAAAUUUUUUAGCCCUUUUUUUUAACCUCAGAGUUUAAAACAUAUACAAAAGAUGAUGGAAUCUCUACAUAUCAUAAUUUCCCUUGGUAAAUAUCUUUGUUUUCUCUUCAGAGCUAAACUGAGAUUUCUAUUUGUUUCAGUUUCUUACAUUUUAGAGCUUUAGAAAACAGAAGGGUAACUCAAAAAUGACCUCAUUUUAGUUUUACUGACAUAGAUUUACAGUUGGAAGGGGACCUUAGACAUCAUUUAAUUCAACCUCUCUCUAUAUGUGAAAAAACUAAGGCCUGGAGAGAUUAAGGGCCUUGCCCACCAUAGUCAUUUAGCUAAUAAAUAGCAAAGCCAGGGUAUUCUUCAGUGAAGAAAUACACUUAUCUUUAGGUAUGUACUCAGUUAUGCAGGCUUGAGCAUUCAUGACAUUAUAGAAUCACUGGAUGAAUUAUAGAUGACUUUUUCUAGCAAGAAGAGAUAUUUGGACAAGAAAGGACUAUGAUCUCGUUAAGUACUUUUAGCACUUUUUUUUCCAGUUCUUUUCUUCCUGACUUCAAGAUUUUGAAAAUUGAUCCCUAGAUGCCUUCAAAAUCAUGUGUGUUUAUUUUGUCAUCACUAGUUGUUCUGCCUGAUUUACCUUAAGUGCCAUUUCCACUUCUGUUUAUAAAAAUGCAUCAGGUACCAAAUAUGAUCAUUUCACUAUCAUUGAUGAGGCAAAUAGAGAAGCAUUAACAAAUCUGUUGCAUAUUCAUGUGUCAUCCAGCCUGUUUUACAGGUGAGUGCUCCUGGGAUGAUCUGAAUAGUCCAUUUUCCCCUGUUUUGUGAGGCAAUACUCCUCAUAAUUAUCUGCUAAUCAUCAUUCUCCAUGUUUUGCAAAAUAAAUUUGUAUUUUAAACUGACCUUGACCUUUGUUGGUCUGUCUACUUUGCCGUGAGACUUUCUUUUAACAAAAGUAUUUUAAAUUCGCAAAGAAUUUAUUUUAAGACAGCCUGGCAAACUAAGUGAUUCAGAUUUUUACCAUCAAAACAACAUAAAAACAAACAACAUAGAUUAUUAGGUAGCUAAUUUUUUUGCACAGACUGUGUGAUCUAAAUGUAUUUCUUGAUUUUAUUUAAAAAUAUAACCAGGGAAAUGAAAUGAAAUUCAGUGCUCAUGUUAGAUAAAAUGUCUUUGGCCAUAUUUUCAUGAGGCCAUUAAAAAAUUCCACUAAUUGCAAAGAAAUUUGAUCCCAGGAACUGUGAAAUAUAUUAGCAUUUUAUGAAUUUAUCAUGCCAAAAUUUUUAAUGUUGGGGACAAAUUACACCUGCAUGAUCCUGUCCUUAGUGAUGUUUAUGUUCUUAGGCCUUCUUGUCCUGAAUGUCUAGUCUAUAGUAAAGUCCGCUCACUGCUGGCUAGAAAUAGAUUACUUGAAAUAGUAAAUGCUGUCUUUUGCUGUAAGGGGUAGUUUAACUUCAUGGAUUCUGUCAUAAGGUAGACAGCUAAUGGGAACUCUCAGAAAGGAUAAAUGGAGCUCCAUCACAAUCCCUUCCUUGCCAAAUUCUUCAGCGUAGUUUAGUAGGAUAUUCCUUUUCUUUUCCUGAUCAGGUAUUCAAUUUUACAGAGAUGUUGAAAUAAGAUUUUAUAUGAACAGUUUUGUUUUAUCUUCAGCUUUUAAGGAUUAAAUCUUUUCUGUAAAGUGAUGAGCUAUACAAAGAAUUAUGUGAUUUGAUUUUAUAAGAAAAAUAAUAUCCAUGUUUAGACUACUUGUAAAUGCAGAAAGUUUUUUUUUAAUUUGUUAAUUAUGAUAGUAUUUGGAAGUAUUGUACCAUAAGUUCCUUGAAGGAAGGGAACUAUGUUUUACAUUUCUGAGUUGCCUGCCAAACCUAACACAGUGCUUGCACAAAAAUACCUAAUAAAGGUACCUGCUCAAUGUUGAAUAAAUAGGGAUUAUGAGUAUAUAUAGCAGGGCAGCCCUAAAGUUGGGAACAAGUAAUAAGCAUAGUGCACAAAGACUCUUUCAGCAUUCCUGUUGUAUUCUACACAAAUUAAAAGAUUAUCAUUUUAAUUGGACUUAAAGUAUUCCAGUGAGGUAGAUUUUUCUUUUUAAUAGAUGAUGUGGAAGCAGGAGAAAGACAUUAUUUGUCUUAUAUAUUGCCACAUAACUAAUUAGUAGAACUGGGGCUACAAAAUCUACGAUGUCUUGACCUUAGGUAUUUUUCACAGCACAUUCCAAAGUCAACCUUGUCUCCAUUCUAUGUUGAGCAUUCUCAUAUUUGUGUGAGGUUUGAUGACACAUAUUUAGCACAACAUCUGAAAGAAACAGGGCUUUUUGAUUGUAGCAUAUCAAGUUGGAAACUGAUCUGGAUACCAAAUUCCUUCGAAGUAAGGAGGCUCUACACUUAAAAAUAAUUUUUAGAUAACAAAUCAUGUAUCUGUUUUAACUUUCAUUCUCUUCCUUCUACCUCCAAAUACCUUAGGUUGCAGUGGCCACCCUGCCUUAAAGUUCUCUGCUCCAACAUACUGCCACUUCUAUAACUUCCCAGUCUUUUCUGAUGACAGGAAAACUUUCCCAUGGAUUUUAGUGCUUACUGGAAUUUUUUGUCUUAUUAUAUGUCAUGUGUUUUUCAGGCUGGUUGGUGACUCUGUUCUAGAUAGAUUAGAGGUAGUGGGUCUUAAGUUUUCAUAAGUCAUGUCUACAUUUGAUCCAACUGCAGUAAACCUCAGUGAAUUGGUUGCUAUGUGGGGUGUGUGUGUGUGUGUGUGUGUGUGUGUGUGUGUGUGAUGUGAGUAUGCGUGUGCACACAAGUUAGUGUGGAUUUUGUGAACAGCUACAGAGUAGGAUAUUUUGCAUCUGAAAUACUGUGAAUAAAAAGUUGCCAAAACCAUUCCAGGCAGUAGACAUUUAAACUGAACUGCAGAAUACAUAACCUCCCUGCUUCCUCUUAUUAGGGUUUGAGUUUUCGGUGAAGAAUGGGGCAUCUAACCAAGUCUUUCAGUACUAACCAAUAUUGCAUAUGGAAAUGUCAGAUUUUAAAGACUAUGUUUUAAUGUGGUUUUUAAGUGCUGAAGUAAGAAAUUAUGCUCAAGUGCAAUAGAAUAAAUCUAUAAAGGUAUAUUUCACCCUUUCUACUUGAAGACAGUAAUAUGUAAAGCAUAACAUCAAAUGUAUUUUUUAAAAGGAUCAUGAAAGAUACUGUAUGAAAAUAUUCUUUUCAAUAAAACUUUGGUUUAAAAAUC